AUGAGCGAGAAGGAGACCAACAAAGAAACGACGGCGGCAAUGGCGGAGUCGGACGCUGCCGAGAAGAAAAAGUCGGUGUCAGGUGGAGGCAUGGCAAAAGUCGGAGCCUUCCCCGUAUCGCCUUCUAGUGAAGCACAAGCGCCACCCAGGAUGGAGAAACAACCCACAAUUGCACGCAUCGACGACGACGCCGAUGAUUGUCAGGAUGAUGAAGCCAAGACUGAAGAAGCAAGUAAUGUUGCCAAGAGAGCAACGGAUGACCAACCCAGAGAGAUUUUACUUCGGUAUGCCUCUUUGACGUUCGAGUUGCCAGAGGUGCCUACAUCGUCCGGAUUGUCAGCACUGUGA